AGAACUCCCCUUUGAUGAUCCAAGCUCCUGCCAUUGUUGUUGAAUUAGAGAAUCACAUAACCUCAGCCACGGACUGCCAUAAGGAAUGCUACAGUCAAUGUUCUGCUAUGGGCUGCCAUGGAGAAGACGGUGAUAAUGGUGAUUCGGUGGAAAGGAAGAAUUCGCCGUCGCUGGUCUGCUAUGUUUCACCUCGCCCCUCAGCUCGCUGGUCUGCGUCUUCGUGUGCGCGUUUAUUUCUCUCUGCCGCCCAGCGUCUCCGUUUCUUCUUCGGCGUAUCAGCUCCGGUCCCCUGUUCGCUGGUUCGUGCGUGCGUCUCCUCUGGCUCUGUCACUCUCGCCGUCUUCUCUCUGCCACCAGUGAGAAGACGUAGAGAAGAUGAAUGGAGAGAUUGCGGUCAACGGUCUCGCCGCCUGGUUCGCCCUUCUGCUCCCGUCCAGCUCUCUCUCCGUCUCGUGUUUUUAGCGCCGUCAAGCUUGCUCUGUUUUUUCUAUUUCCGCCCGCGCCUUCCUUCCCCCUUCUCCAGCGUCUUCAUCAUCUUUAAAUACUCAUCUUGA